UUGCUCCUUUGUCUCCUCCUCUGCCUCUCCCCCCUCUCCUUCCCCUGCUGUGAGACACAGAGAGAGCGAGCGCAGCACAGACCAUCAUCCCUGCAUCUCUUCCUCUGUCUCUCUCCCUCCUCCUCCUCCUCCUCCUCACACCUGUUCCUUCCCCUUCUCUCUGCCUCUCUGGCACUGCCCGACAUAGUCCUGCUGGCCUCGGACUCCCCGAGGUGAGAGGAUUACUGAUGACGGUCCGUCGAGGAGACAAGCUUCCUAUCAGCAUCCAGGAGCACAUGGCCAUCAACGUGUGCCCAGGACCCAUCAGACCCAUCCAACAGAUCUCAGAUUACUUUCCCAGAUAUACACCUUGGCCAGAACGCACACCGUCCCCCACUGGGAACCCCCACAACCUCUCACCUCUGGUUAUACCACCUGGUGGUGCACAAACAACAGAUGACUCUGCAGAUGUGGACAACUAUGACUCUGAUGAUAGCACGGCGCUGGGAACUCUGGAAUUUGAUUUGUUGUACGAGCCAGAACAAUGUGUCCUGCAGUGCUGCAUCCUGAGAGCCAAGGGCCUCAAGCCGAUGGAUUUCAAUGGUUUGGCAGAUCCGUAUGUGAAGAUUCAUCUGCUCCCUGGAGCUUGCAAGGCCAACAAGCUAAAGACUCGAACGGUGAGGAACAGCCUGAACCCCACAUGGAACGAGAGUCUGACAUAUUGUGGGAUUACCCAAGAGGACAUGGGAAAGAAGAUUCUCAGGAUCUCUGUGUGCGACGAGGAUAAACUGAGCCACAAUGAGUUCAUCGGAGAGACACGGGUUCCACUGAGACGGUUAAAGCCAGGAGAGAGGAAACACUUUAAUCUGUGUCUGGAAAGGCAAAUCCCUCUGGCCUCACCCUCCUCCAUGACAGCAGCUCUCCGUGGUAUAUCCUGUUAUCUAAAAGAGUUGGAGCGGUGCCAGGAGUGGGAGCUGGAGGAGAGGGGUCGCAUCUUUCUUGCACUCACAUACAACACUGAGCGUGGAGGACUAGUGGUGGGAAUAAUGCGCUGUGCUCAUCUUGCUGCAAUGGAUGUAAAUGGAUUCUCAGACCCUUACGUGAAAACAUAUCUAAAGCCAGAUGUUGAGAAGAAAUCAAAGCACAAGACAGUAGUCAAGAAGAAGACUCUGAACCCAGAGUUUAAUGAGGAGUUCUUCUAUAACAUCAGCCAACUGGAGCUGCAGAAGAGGAGUCUGGAAGUCACGGUGUGGGACUACGACCUUGGGAAAUCCAACGACUUUAUAGGGGGUGUGACCUUUGGGAUGAGCUCCAAGGGCGAGUGUUUAAAGCACUGGACGGACUGUCUCUCUUCUCCCAAUAAAAGAACUGAACACUGGCACACGCUAACCAAUGAGCUUCCAGGAUCCACUUAUGCCGACUGAGCAAGCCUCCAACGGAUUGGAGAAAAGAGCUAAGGAACAACCAAUAAGAAACAGGAAGGGGCAGAGGUGACCCACACUCACCCACAUCACCAAAAACAUAUCCAGAA